AUGGUGAAAACUGCCUUCAAGCACGGAAUCAAUCUUUUCGAUAACGCCGAAAACUACGCUAAUGGCCGCUCCGAAGAGAUUAUGGGCGAUGCAAUUAAGCGAGGUAUCCAAGACGGUGUGUGGACGCGCGAUGACCUCGUGGUAACCACGAAGCUAUUCGUCGGCACCAAGGGCUUCGUUGAAGGAGGUCCCAAUGACCAAGGACUGGGCCGGAAGCACAUCGUCGAGGGCCUGAAGGCGUCACUACGUCGCCUUCAGCUGGACAACGUCGAUGUGGUUUUCUGUCAUCGCUCGGAGCCGUACACGCCCAUCGAAGAGACUGUGCGGGCGAUGAACUUCGUGAUCGAACAGGGCUGGACUUACUAUUGGGGCACGAGUGAGUGGCUCGCUUCGGAUAUCCAGGAGGCCUGCGAAAUCGCUGACCGUCUUGGCUUGAUCCGUCCCGUUGCUGAGCAGCCCCAGUACAGCCUGUUUGAUUGCAAUAAAGUGGACUUUGAGUUUGUUGACCUGUACAAGAAGUACAAGCUCGGGCUGACUACUUGGUCCCCACUCUCGUUCGGUGUCCUGUCCGGCAAGUAUAGCGCUGGGAAACCCGCUGAGUCACGUUUCACGACACCAUUCUUUAGAGACGUCCCAAUGGUUCCUUCUUUUGAAAAGCGCGUGGAAAUUGCCGAUAAGAUCAAACCGAUCGCAGCCGAGCUGGGAUGUUCACUCCCGCAACUGGCUUUGGCGUGGUGUGUUUCGAACGAAAAUGUUUCGACGGUGCUCGUCGGUGCCAGUCGCCCUGAGCAGCUUGAAGAGAACCUGAAAGCAUUGAAUUUCGUUGAAAAGAUCACUCCCGAAGUGAAGGCGAAGAUUGAUGCCAUCGUGAACUUUGUUCCAACUGUCCCAGUCGCUAAUGAGCUGGCGACUUUGCGUGGCAGGUUCCUGUAGAGGAGAAUCGAAUGAAGCAAUGCACCGUUUCCAUUCAAGAAAUCGGAAAACUGGUCACUUCAAUUUCCAAUGAAGGAAUAUUAAACUCUGACAA